UGCAUGCUGGGCGAGGGGGCGCCGGCCAGUGGUCUGGCUCCGCGGGCCUUUCGAGCUCUCCGGCGGGCCCUCCGAUCUCGUCCCGGGAGGGUGCGGCCAGGCCGUCGGCGCUGCGGGGGGAAUUGGGGCGGAGGUUUGUCUUUCACCGGCCUCUCUCCCUCCCCUCCAGGAUGGCUGAGCGGCCGGAGGACCUGAACCUGCCCAACGCGGUCAUCACGCGGAUCAUCAAGGAGGCGCUCCCCGACGGAGUGAACGUCUCGAAGGAAGCGCGGAGUGCCAUCUCCCGAGCGGCCAGCGUCUUCGUGCUCUAUGCCACCUCGUGCGCCAAUAACUUUGCAAGGAAGGGGAAGAGGAAGACGUUGAAUGCCGGAGAUGUUAUUUCUGCUAUGGAAGAGAUGGAAUUCCAGAGAUUCGUAGGGCCCCUAAAGGAAUCCUUAGAAGCUUACAGAAAUGAGCAGAAGGGCAAAAGGGGAGUGUCAGAACUCAAGAAAAAAGACAGAGAGAAGAAGGAAGAUGCUGAGGACCCUGACAAGAAUCGGGAAGAAGAAGAAAAUGAGGAGGGAGAAAGGAUGGAGGAGGAGGAGGAGGAGGAGGAGGAGGAAGCACAGCAGCAAAAUGAGGAGGAGGAGGAAGAGGAAGAGCAGCAGACAAAUGAAGAUGAAGAAGGGGAGAGCUGAAUUGUGGCAGGUGGAGGGGGGCAGUGAGGGGAGAAAGCCAAUGGAAGGAAACACAACUGUCUCCUUUUGUGCUGAAAAUGAUUCUGGGGGCACCUCAGGUAAUCUCCUCCUUGCCUUCUACCCCCCAGUUGGAAAGAAUGACUUACAUGGCAUCUGGGGCUUCUUUCUGGGCAUGCCAACGCUUAUCUUUCCUUGUUCCUUGUGGGGAUGCUCCGGUUUUGGCUUAAAAAGACUUUCUCCACACCCUCAAUGUGUGUUUUUCUUCAGCGCUUAAUUGAAUGGGAUUUAAUUAAAAGUCGUAUUUUCAAAA